AUGGCGACGAAUACCACGCCGAACGAAUCGAUAAACUUCAUCAACUUCAACCAAGAUGGCAGCUGUAUCUCGAUUGGGACGAAUCGAGGGUACAAGAUCUUCAACUGCGAGCCCUUUGGGAAGUGCUAUACACGGUCUGAUGGCGGUAUCGGUAUAGUGGAGAUGCUGUUCUCCACGUCGUUGAUUGCGAUUGCUGGGAUUGGGGAUCAGCCUUCGAUGUCGCCAAGGCGGUUGAAGAUCAUCAAUACAAAGAGACAUUCGACAAUCUGUGAAUUGACAUUCCCCACGACGAUAUUGGCUGUGAAGAUGAACAAGUCGAGGUUGGUUGUGCUGUUAGAGGAGCAGAUCUACAUCUACGAUAUCCAUAAUAUGAGGCUCUUGCACACUAUUGAAACGUCGCCUAAUCCACACGGGCUAUGUGCGCUCAGUCCCACAACCGAUACGAAUUACUUGGUCUAUCCUUCGCCUCCAAAGACAAAUCUCUUGAAUCCAAUGGUGACGAGUAAUGGCGCUUCCAACGAUGCACAGAAAGAAUCGUCCAAUAGAAACGGUGACGUGAUUGUGUUCAACGCACAGACAUUGCAACCGCUUGUUGUGGUUGAAGCUCACAAGACAACUUUGGCAGCACUAGCGAUAAGCUAUGAUGGAACGCUGUUGGCAACUGCCAGUGACAAGGGGACCAUUGUACGUGUUUUCUCUGUAGAAACUGGGGUGAAGUUAUACCAGUUCCGAAGAGGAACUUACCCAACAAAGAUAUACUCCUUAUCCUUUAGUAGGGAUAAUAAGUACUUGACUGCAAGUUCGGCCACUGAAACGGUACACAUAUUCAAGCUUGGGGAUGGAACCUGUAUGGACAUGCCACUAAGUGAUGACCCGCUAUCUGUUCCUAAACCAGAUUACUCAAGAACGGAAUCAUCGGGUUCGGAGAACAGUACUGGCAACGGCAGUCUCUUAGCAGACCAGAGACGUAUUUCAACAGGCUCGUAUGACUCUGUUGAUAGUCGAGACACUGGUACGAAUGACGACAUCAACAGCAAAGUUGAGCCCGUCAUCGAUAUCUCCAGAAGAACCGUUGGUCGUAUGAUACGCAAGUCCUCACAAAACAUUGGAAGGAGAGCAGCAGAAAAAAUUGGAACUUUCCUCCCACCAAGGUUGACGUCGAUGUUGGAACCACACCGUCAUUUCGCCUCCUUAAAGGUACCCGCCGCCAACGGUGUCAAAAACGUUGUGUACGUUGGCAGAGAGAUAACGGUGUCGAGCAGUGGACUCCCAGUGGUUGUUGAAGGCGAGAUAUCCCAAUCAAACGGUGGAACCACUGACAUCAACAACGAUAGCCUUAUCAGUAACCCAGAUGACAAUUCCAAUACCUUGUUACACGUACUGGUUGUCAGCUCCGAAGGUUACUUCUACAGCUACGGCUUGAACCCAGAACGAGGAGGAGACUGCAUCCUGUUGAACCAAUACCUCCUUGCUGAAUAG